AUGUGUCCCAACACUGCCACCAUCCACGUGCCCCAACACUGCCACCAUCCACGUGUCCCAACACUGCCACCAUCCACGUGUCCCAACAAACUGACAUCAGUGAGAGGACAGGCACCAUCUUGUCCCAACACUGCCACCAUCCACGUGCCCCAACACUGCCACCAUCCACGUGUCCCAACACUGCCACCAUCCACGUGUCCGAACACUGCCACCAUCCACGUGUCCCAACACUGCCACCAUCCACGUGUCCCAACACUGCCACCAUCAACGUGUCCCAACACUGCCUCUCUCCACGUGUCCCAACAAACUGACAUCAGUGAGAGGACAGGCACCAUCUUGUCCCAACACUGCCACCAUCAACGUGUCCCAACACUGCCACCAUCAACGUGUCCCAACACUGCCACCAUCAACGUGCCCCAACACUGCCACCAUCCACGUGCCCCAACACUGCCACCAUCAACGUGUCCCAACACUGCCACCAUCAACGUGCCCCAACACUGCCACCAUCCACGUGUCCCAACACUGCCACCAUCCACGUGCCCCAACACUGCCACCAUCCACGUGUCCCAACACUGCCACCAUCCACGUGUCCCAACACUGCCACCAUCCACGUGUCCCAACACUGCCACAAUCAACGUGUCCCAACACUGCCACCAUCCACGUGUUCCAACACUGCCACCAUCAACGUGUCCCAACACUGCCACCAUCCACGUGUUCCAACACUGCCACCAUCCACGUGUCCCAACACUGCCACCAUCCACGUGUCCCAACACUGCCACCAUCCACGUGUCCCAACACUGCCACAAUCAACGUGUCCCAACACUGCCACCAUCCACGUGUCCACAAACUGCCACCAUCCACGUGUCCCAACACUGCCACCAUCCACGUGUCCCAACACUGCCACCAUUCACGUGUCCCAACACUGCCACCAUCCACGAGUCCCAACACUGCCACUCUCCACGUGUCCCAACACUGCCACCAUCAACGUGUCCAACACUGCCACCAUCCACGUGUCCCAACACUGCCACCAUCCACGUGUCCCAACACUGCCACUCUCCACGUGUCCCAACACUGCCAGCAUCCACGUGUCCCAACACUGCCACCAUCAACGUGUCACAACACUGCCUCUCUCCACGUGUCCAAACACUGCCUCUCUCCACGUGUCCCUACACUGCCACCAUCCACGUGUCCCAACACUGCCACCAUCCACGUGUCCAAACACUGCCACCAUGCACGUGUCCCAACACUGCCUCUCUCCACGUGUCCCAACACAACACCCAAAUCAGCACACUGCUCCCCUCCCUCGUGUGCCCCGCGCCAGUUUGA